AUGCAAGAAGAACCUCCUAGAAAGAAGUCGAAGUUAGUGAAUGAAGGAGAGAGAAGAAUUGAUGCUUUUAGUAACUUCGAGCAAUUUUUUUUCCGCCUAAAUACACUUUACACAUUUUUGAUCUGCAGAAAGCAUGUUGUACCCACCUUUAAAACGCUUUGCAAUCCAAUAAGAACAGCGUUAAAAAGAAACCUUACCAAAGAAGAUCUGGCUAGGGUUAUGGCCCUUAUGCCAAGAGAAUGCGUUUUCAAGUAUAUUGAUGAGAAUCAAAUUUACACUGAAACUAAAAUUUUUGACUUCAAUAAUGGGGGGUUUCAGCAAAAGGAGAAUGACAUAUUCGAACUAAAGGACACCAGCGAUCAAAAUCAAGGUCAAAAGUCCACCCAGGUACUUAUAUUUGAGUUUGUAGACGGUACAAUGCAACGAUCAUGGUCUGCAAGUGAUAAAUUUUCCCAAGUAAAGAUGCCCAUCUACACCACAGAUGAAAUGAAAAAAAUGAUUUCUAAGAGAGAAGCUCUCUUUAAAUCCAGAUUACGGACGUUUAUUAUUGAAAAGGAGAAAGCUGGUCUUGACCCAUUUUCCGAAUUAACAAAACUGGCGCAGAAAUAUAUCCCAAGGGAGAGAGAUUAUGAAGACCCUAUUGAGGCAAUGAUGAAGGCCAAGCAAGAAAUUAAUGAGUUAAGCGUUCCUGAUGAAAGCAGUAACCCCGUGACAGCAACAAUUUCUGACAUGAUUGACAAAUUAAAGACUACUGAAUUCUAUGCUUCUCAGAUAAAGCAUUGUUUUACGAUACCAUCGAGAACGGCGAAGUUUAAAAAUCUUUGUUUUGAACUAGCAUCAGAAAUAUACCAAGGCUUGGAACACGAUCGUUUCUACAGUCAUCAGGCAGAUGCAAUAAAUGCUCUUCACCAGGGCGAAAAUGUCAUUAUUACAACUUCGACUUCUUCAGGUAAAUCUCUUAUCUAUCAACUAGCAGCCAUUGACCUUCUUUUAAAAGAUCCAGAAUCAACUUUUAUGUAUAUCUUUCCAACAAAAGCUCUGGCUCAAGAUCAAAAAAGAGCAUUCAAGGUAAUACUUUCUAAGAUUCCCGAGCUAAAGAAUACUGUAGUUGACACAUACGAUGGGGACACAGAACCAAGUGAAAGAGCUUAUAUCCGAAAGAAUGCCAGAGUCAUAUUUACCAAUCCUGACAUGAUACAUACCAGUAUUUUGCCCAACCAUGCGAAUUGGAGACACUUUCUGUAUCACCUCAAAUUAGUGGUCGUCGAUGAAUUGCAUAUAUACAAGGGUUUGUUUGGGUCACAUGUGGCACUAGUAAUGAGACGUUUGCUGAGACUGUGCCGUUGUUUCUAUGAGAACAGCAGUUUGCAGUUUAUUUCAUGUUCCGCCACAUUAAAGUCCCCAGUACAGCAUAUGAAGGAUAUGUUUGGUAUAGAUGAUGUUAUUUUGAUUCAUGAGGAUGGCUCACCUACAGGUGCUAAGCAUUUAGUGGUAUGGAACCCUCCCACUUUAUCUCAACACGAGCGUAAGCGAGAAAAUUUUAUUAGGGAAAGUGCGAGGAUAUUGGUGGAGUUGGUGUUGAACAACGUAAGGACCAUAGCAUUUUGUUACGUUCGGCGAGUAUGUGAAUUACUGAUGAAAGAAGUGCGUAAUAUAUUUGUCGAAACUGGGCGAGAGGACCUAAUUACAGAAGUUAUGUCUUACAGGGGUGGAUAUUCUGCAUCUGAUCGACGGAAGAUAGAACGUGAAAUGUUCCACGGAAAUUUGAAAGCUGUAAUAUCUACUAAUGCUCUAGAACUUGGUAUCGAUAUUGGUGGCCUAGAUGCAGUGUUAAUGUGUGGUUUCCCACUAUCUAUGGCCAAUUUUCAUCAACAAAGCGGUAGAGCUGGUAGAAGAAAUAAUGAUUCGUUAACCCUCGUGGUUGCAAGUGACUCACCGGUAGAUCAACAUUACGUUGCUCAUCCAGAAUCCUUGCUAGAAGUUAAUAAUUUCGAAUCUUAUCAGGAAUUGGUUCUAGAUUUCGAUAACAUUUUAAUAUUAGAAGGGCAUAUACAAUGCGCUGCCUUUGAACUGCCAAUAAUUUUUGACCGUGAUAAGCAAUAUUUUGCUGAAUCUCAUCUCCGCAAAAUCUGUGUUGAACGUUUAUAUCACAAUCAAGAUGGAUACCAUGCAAGCAACAGAUUUUUACCAUGGCCAUCCAAACGUGUAUCUUUGAGAGGUGGUGAAGAAGACCAAUUUGCUGUAGUGGAUAUAACAAAUGGAAGAAAUAUAAUAAUUGAAGAAAUAGAAGCAUCCAGGACUAGUUUUACCCUAUAUGAUGGCGGCAUUUUCAUCCACCAAGGUUAUCCAUACCUUGUGAAAGAGUUUAACCCUGAUGAAAGAUAUGCUAAAGUACAAAGAGUAGAUGUUGACUGGGUUACUAGUCAAAGAGAUUUCACUGAUGUUGACCCGCAAGAGAUUGAAUUCGUACGCUCUCUGAAAAGUAGUGAUGUCCCUGUAUACUAUGGUAAGAUCAAGACCACAAUUGUUGUAUUUGGCUUUUUCAAAAUGGACAAAUACAAAAGAAUUAUCGAUGCGAUUGAAACCCAUAAUCCUCCCGUGAUAAUUAACUCUAAAGGAUUUUGGAUAGAUAUACCAAAAUGUGUCUUGGAUAUUUGUCAAAAGAAGCAACUAAAUGUUGCAGGUGCUAUUCAUGGGGCCCAACAUGCAGUCAUGGGUAUGCUUCCGCGAUUCAUUGUAGCAGGUGUGGAUGAGAUACAGACUGAAUGCAAGGCUCCGGAAAAGGAAUUUGCAGAACGUCAAACUAAGCGAAGACGACCCGCUAGAUUGAUAUUCUAUGAUUCAAAGGGUGGUAAGUACGGAUCUGGUUUAUCUAUUAAGGCAUUUGAGCACAUAGAUGAUAUAAUAGAAUCUAGUUUGAAGAGAAUAGAAGAAUGCCCGUGUAGUGAUGGAUGUCCUGAUUGUGUGGCGGCUUCUUUUUGUAAGGAAAACAGCUUGGUUUUAUCAAAACCAGGUGCCCAGGUGGUUUUGCACUCUAUUUUGGGUCAUUCGGAAGAUACUUUUAUAGAUUCCAUCAAAAAUGGUCCGGAACCGAAUAUGCCAGAGAUAAAAGUAGAAACUGUUGUCCCCGUGUCAGAACAUGUCAACUUUUCAGAGGACUUUAAAAUUAUUGAUGUCAGAAAAGGUAUAGAAGAUGCUACUGAUGUCAGCGGUAUUACUAAAGAGGAGGAGUGA